CUAACUUUCGCUCCAGAUUUCAGCAGAUAAGAUUUCCAUUGUCGAACUAAACUCUCUCUCUCUCUCUCUCGCCAUGGCCGAAGCUUCCAGAAUCCUUCAGACAAUUCUCAUCCCCGAUUUCUCAACCCUAGCACACGUAACCCCUCGCUUUCACUCUCAUCCAACCUCGCAUUCUCGGCGUAUCACGACCCGCUGCUCAAUCUCCACCGCCGGCGGCACCGCGAGGCUCGCCGUGGACCGGGCGGUUCCUUGGGGUUGCGACAUCGACUCGCUGGAGAACGCGUCGGCGCUGCAGAAUUGGCUGUCGGAGUCGGGCCUUCCGCCGCAGAAAAUGGCCAUUCAGAAAGUGGAAGUAGGGGAGCGAGGCCUCGUCGCGCUCAAGAACAUCCGCAAGGGAGAGAAGUUGCUCUUCGUGCCUCCCUCGCUUGUCAUCACUGCCGAUUCGGAGUGGAGUUUCCCAGAGGCUGCUAAUGUGCUAAAACAAAAUGGUGUACCAGAUUGGCCAUUGAUUGCAACCUAUCUUAUUAGUGAAUCAAGUCUCAUGAAGUCGUCAAGAUGGAGCAAUUAUAUCUCAGCUUUGCCCCGACAGCCCUAUUCACUUUUGUACUGGACACGUUCAGAACUAGAUAAAUAUCUUGAAGCUUCACAAAUCAGAGAGCGGGCUAUUGAAAGGAUCAAUGAUGUUACUGGAACAUACAAUGAUUUAAGGCUUAGGAUAUUUUCCAAGUAUCCUGAUUUAUUUCCAGAAGAGGUAUUCAAUAUGGAGACCUUCAGGUGGUCCUUCGGCAUUCUUUUCUCUCGAUUGGUCCGGUUGCCCUCAAUGGAUGGAAGAGUUGCCUUGGUACCCUGGGCAGAUAUGCUAAAUCAUAGUUGUGAGGUGGAAACAUUUUUGGAUUAUGACAAAUCAUCGCAAGGGGUAUUCUUCACGACUGAUCGGCCAUAUCAGCCUGGGGAGCAGGUUUUCAUAUCAUAUGGCAAAAAAUCUAAUGGAGAGCUGCUUCUGUCAUACGGAUUUGUUCCAAGGGAAGGCACCAAUCCUACUGAUUCAGUGGAGUUGUCAGUGUCAAUUAAGAAAUCUGACAAAUGUUACAAAGAGAAGUUAGAAGCACUGAGGAAGUAUGGAUUGUCAUCUUCACAGUGUUAUCCAAUAAGAAUCACCGGUUGGCCAUUGGAGUUGAUGGCAUAUGCUUACUUAGCUGCCAGCCCCCCAAGUUUGAACAGACAGUUUGACGAGAUGGCUGCUGCAGCAUCAAAUAAGAAAUCCAAGAAAGAUAUUAGAUAUCCUGAGAUAGAGGAAAAAGCUCUGCAAUACCUGUUGGAUAGUUGUGAAUCAAGCAUAUCGAAGUACACCAAAUUCCUUCAGGCAAGUGGAUCAAUGGAUUUGGAUGUGACAUCUCCCAAGCAGCUGAACCGAAAAUUAUUUCUGAAACAGUUAGCAGUUGACUUGUGUACAAGUGAACAGAGGAUAUUGUUCCGCAGCCAAUAUAUUCUGAGGAGGAGAUUAAGGGAUGUAAGGAGCGGCGAACUCAGAGCCCUUAAUCUGUUUGAUGGAUUCAGGAAGCUUUUCAAGUGAUUAAUGACUCUUUUUGAUGUCUGAUUCACCUGUACCCACUGCCUGGUAUUGUUGCUGCAAGUCCUCCUUUUUAUACCCAAAUGGAUCAGGUGAGGCUCUGUUCAGUCUCAGAGUUGGAUGAGUGAAUGUGUUUUUGAACAAUGAAGCAGCUUUCAGCUUCUUGUUGAACAAGAUAAAAUGUAUCUCUUUGUUGUGUGUGUGUGUGUAUAUAUUUCCUAUGAUCAAUACGCAAUUUGCUUCAAAAUUGAUUUUUUGUUUUUUUGGCUUGGUAAACAAUUUUGAUUCGAUGAAAGUGACAACAUGAAUCAUGAUGGGUGGUUUAUUAUCAUUU